ACUGCGAACAAAAGAGAUGUCAUCAGGAAAGUGUCUGAUGAAGACUAAACACAUACAUUUACUUUUCUAAAUCAUUUCGUGAAUUAUUUCGAAUGAAGACCAAAAGUACUUAGAUUAAAAUUGCAUACUAAUAUGAAACGUCUAGUUAUACAGUACAGUUUGAAGAUGGCACUGCUACUAGAGAUACAACUUUUAUCUUGCUGUAGUUUUGAUUAUUUUAGUAGAUAAGAGUAGGUUACGCUGAACGACAGAGGGGUCUGUGGAACGUACAUAGAAAAAACGUCUUUUCAAGGGCAGUUGUAGUUCGAGAACUCGCUUCUGAGUAACCUAUAAUAGACAGUAUAAUUCCUGUACCACUUCACACUUGAACGAGAAAUCCAUAAGAUCAGGCCUAGGUAUUUUAGGUUCUGGCCCACAGAGGGCGUAUUGGACCAACGAAUUGUUUUCCUCUAACACGAGAUGUGUAGACUACAGUGAGGAAUUCUGAACACUCGGCACAAUAAAGCAGGUGAACUUUGAACCAACUUGGCGUAAGGACACUUACCUAAAGGGUCAUUUCAGUUAACAGCUCAUCAUACGGAACAUUAUUUAAAGGUAACCCUAAUUCCAGAGAUUUCGCUAACCAUGUCGAAUCCAGAGGGCUUUCAUAUCAACACACCACUUCUUGAGAGUAUGACCAUGUCUAAACGGGCGGGGACCACUGUGCUUUUGAAAAUGGAAAGUUCACAACCCUCCGGCUCCUUUAAAAUCCGCGGUAUCGGACACCUGUGCCAAAAGGUCACCCAGUCGGGAUCUAAAGGAGUUGUUUGUGCUUCAGGUGGAAAUGCUGGCAUGGCUACAGCCUAUGCAGCACGUAAACUUGGCAUCCCAGCAACCAUUGUUAUACCGACAUCAUCACCAGAGAUUGUGGUUCAGAAAUUGAAGGAUCAGGGGGCAGUAGUGAAAAUAGUGGGCAAGGUUUGGGAUGAUGCGAAUGCUGAGGCUUUGCGUCUAGUUGAAUCUGAGAGUCUGACAUUCGUGCCUCCGUUUGACCACCCCCUGCUCUGGCAAGGUCAUGCAAGUAUAGUGCAGGAGUUAAAGGCCUCCCUACCAGAGAAGCCUGGGGCUAUAGUUUUGUCUGUAGGAGGAGGAGGCCUGUUGUGCGGGGUGGUGGAGGGCCUGAAAGAGGUGGGGUGGGAGAAUGUGCCGGUGCUCUGUAUGGAGACUGUAGGAGCAGACUGCUUCAAUGCUGCUAUCAAGGCUGGGAAGCUGGUCACUCUGCCUGACAUCACAAGCGAAGCUAAAUGUUUGGGCGCUAAGACAGUGUGCAGGCAGGCGUUCGACUACAGCGAGGAGGCCAGGCUGAUCUCUGAGGUGGUGACGGACCUGGAAGCACUGGAGGCAGUGGAACUGUUCUUGGAUGAGGAGCGUGUGUUAGUGGAGAUGGCGUGUGGAGCUGCCCUGGCUGCAGUGUACAGCGGUCUGAUACAGAGGCUCCAGGGGGAGGGCAGGCUGCCCCGUCCGCUCGGCCCGCUGGUGGUGAUCGUCUGCGGGGGCAGCAGCGUUGACAUGGCCCAGCUCACGCACCUGAAGACUGUGCUGCGCCGCUGAGGGGCUCACGCCAGACAUGCCGGACCCCCAUCUGAGCCGAAACACAUUUAUCUUGGUCUCAUCUGACUAGAGAAUGUGCUUCCAAUGUUCAUCAGGCUUCUUGUCAUGUUCUUUAGCAAAGUUUAACCUAGGGGUUUUGUGUAGAAGAGCAGCGUGGCUCAGAUGGGGUCCAGCAUGGCGUAACUCUGGCCAGGAGCACCACAGGGAAGUCCCAACAGGGAAGCGCGGAGGUGGGAGUGUGAUGAUGUGGGGCUGCAUGAGUGUUGGGGAGAUAACUUUUAAUGAUGGCACCAUGAAUGUCUGUGGAUAUGCCAAAAUACUGGCUGACAAGAUGUUUCCCAGUCUCCAGAAGCUUGGCAUAAGAGGAAUAUUCCAACAUGAGAACGAAUCAAAGUACACUGUCAAAAUCACGCAAAAGUUUCUAAAGAAGAAAAAAGUAAAAACUGAGUAUGUCGCCUAACUUCAAUUCCAAUAGAACACCUUUGGGGUGUUUUAAAGAGAAAGGUAGAGCAAUACAGCAAAUAUCUGACGAAUGGCAGAAUAUCUCUCCAGAAAUGUGUGUAUCACUGGUAUCCUUAAUGCCAAGGAUGAUUGAAAAUAAUACAAAGUAUCGAAAAAAUAAAUGAUUUGAACCUCAGUAA